CCCUUGGGAAUAACCAAAUUAAUUUAUUUUAUAUCAUUUCUUUUAUGAAAAUUAUUAUUGUGAAAUGUAAAAGUGAGAAUUUCUGUAUUACUGAAAAUUAGCGUUAAAAACAACAAGAAUGUAAUGUGCGAAUUAUCUUGGCCAAUGUGUUUUUUUAUUAAAACUUUAUUUUAGUCAAACAAACCAGCAUAUCCUGCUGUACCUUAUUUGUUUUUCCACCAACUGUAUCAUAGAUAAAAUCUGUUUGGAUCUCCCGUAUACGUUUACCUAAAGAUUGCGCAUGCGCGCGCAACCUAGACAGGCAUUGUUGUGCGUUUCUAGGGCAACACCUGUUACAAGCCACAUUGAAACUGAGGCCAGCAGAGGAUUAGGGCGACCUGCUCUCCAAUGUACAGGUGCGCAGAGACCUACUCUCUGGAAUAUAUAGGCCGACUAAUAAGUCGUUGAUCAUUAUUUUGAGGAUAACACAAGACAGCAACAGACAUCAUUUGUGGAGGUUUACAGGUUUUAUUUCUGCACCGUUUGUAAUUUGCUUUGCAUUGGUGAGGAUCUUUUUAUGGUGAGGAACACAGAAUGAGUGUUUCUGCAGCGAAAAUCGGACACGAUGAGUACGAGGAUGAUUUUGAGAAAGACCUGGACUGGCUUAUCAGUGAGGAGAGCAAGAGUGAGGAACAGGAUCCUGAUGAUUAUGAUAUCGAAGCUCAGAUUGACAAAGAACUUGAAGAAGAAGAGUUUAAAGGAGACCCACAGAGGGAAGUGCACAAAAACGGAGAUUUGGAAGAAGAUGGAGAGGAAAGAUGGCCAACGCCCAUGGAGCCAAUAGAGCGUGUCUUAGAUCCUGUCAGGGACAACUUUGUAACCUCCCCACCGUUGAAGAAUGACGAAGAGCUUGAUGAAGAGAAUAAAAAAUACAUUUUAGAUAAGCUCCAAGAGGCUAACAAGCAACUGAAAGACCAAGAAGCUCCAGACCAGAGCCGCCGCAGACGUCUGCAGUUUAAAGAUACUUUGGUGGACUUAGUGGUGCCUGCCCAUGAGUUUGACACCCAGGAGAGAAACAGCGCCCUCUGUAGGGACUUAGAGGAAGAAGGGGAUGUCUCCAAACAAAUGCAGAAACUAAAUAUAUCUCACAUAGAGGUGACUGAGUCUGGAGACCCUAAGGUUGAGAACAAUGGGGCUACAAAGGAAGGACGGGUUUUGGUGGAAAAAGAUGGAAAGUUUGACCUGGUAAGUCUAAAGGAGGUGGAAAGUCAAGGAUUGCUUCCUCCUUUGGCAACGUUUCAGGUUGAAAACCAGCAAGCAUCCAGAUCCCAGAGUGAUCUUAGUAGGAGUCCUGUAUCUUCGCCGAGACAAAAAUCUACCUCACCUUUUCCGCCCGGCAUUGAGUCCUUGUACGUCCCCAAACCUCCAGCCAAGCGCAAGAACAGGCCUAGCUCUGCCAGACAGUCCCAAAGGGGAACAUGGGUCCCGGGCACAAAGCGUAGGGUUCAGUCGGCAAAUGGAGCAUCCUCUUAUUCUACUUUUACACUCUCAACACAGCAGAAGGAAUUACUGGCCAAAAUUCAGGAGCAGAGAGAGAGGCGAGCAAAAGAGGAAGAGCAAAAGAGAAAAGAGGAAGAAGAGCAGAGGCGUCAGGAGAACGAGGUGGCCUUCCAAUCCUGGCUUAUGAGGAAGAGAGAGCAAAUACAUGAUGAGAGGAGGGUCCAGAAAGCACAAGAAAUGGAAAUGAUGAGCUGCAAGAGAGACUGUGGCGACCCAGAGGAGGCCUUUAAAAUCUGGCUUCAGAAAAAACAGGAACAGCAGCUAAAAGAGAAACAGCUGGAAGAUAUGAAGAGACUGGAAAAGGAGAGCGGCUUUUGCCUGCAGAGCCGAGAGGAGAGCGAGAAGGCCUUCAGACGCUGGUUGAGACGAAAGCGUGCAGAGAAACGGGCAGAGCAGCAGGCGGCUCGAGAACGUUCCCGCAGGCUGGUGUUGGAAGAACGGAGAGCCAGGCGCAUGCAUGACCUCCUCAGUACUGUCAAUGAGAUGAAACUUUUACGAUUCAGUGAGCCCUAUGGAUAUCGCUACUGAGCACACCCUACUAUAAACUUCAAAGCCUCAUUGUGGUUUCUGCUAAAGGACUCGAGGAUUCAUCAGAAUCUUUGGUUUCUUUUUUUCUCCCUGAUACAAAGGAUGAAAGAACAUGUAUGAACAAUAUGCAGCAGACCCACGGCCACAAAUAAAAGAUAAUUCAAUCAU